AUGGAUUCCCUCGAGGAACCCCCGACCAAACGGCGAAAGCCGAGUCCACGGGAGAUUGGAGUGAUGAGAAAAUCGUCGGUCGAUAAUUCGGCCACGUUUUUGGGCAGUUCCAGCGGCGUGCAUUUUAUCCGCAUCGUGUACGACGCUUUCGCGCGACGCUCGGCCCAUCUGAAUCAGAACCAGUCGCAUUCGCAAACAACGACACUCGUUCCUGGGGAAGAUGACCAGCUGGCCUCGAGUCCCCUUGCGGAUGCUGCCUCCUUGAAGAAUGAGCUGUGGAUGCCACAUGAAUUGGAUCAGCGGCCCACGACGACGGGGAAAGUGAAGCCGCCAUUCGACCAUCUCGUGCAAUGGACACGCAGCUAUUUCGACAAUUGGCACCCCAUGUUCCCCUUUAUUCUGGGACCAUCAUUACUGACAAUCCUGGAGAAAAUCAGCCUGGUCGGACUGAAUGGGAUCUCGACGCCGGACGUCAUCCUCGUGCGGUCCGUCGUCUCCAUCGCCCUGAUGGACCGACGACAAAUGAGCGCGCGGGGAAAGCAAUCACCACCCCCAGUGCCCGCGGCACUGGUAUUUCGCACGGUCGCACAGGCCAUGGAGAGCCUACACGCGCUGUUCUGCGAUCCACCGACCAUCGCCAUCCUGCAGGCCGCGUUCGGCGUUGAGCUGUUCCUGGCGUCGGUGCUGCGGUUGAAUGCCGCGUCGCGCAUUGCCGGCGUCAUCGCGCGCACCGCCUUUCAUUUGGGCUUGCAUCGCUGUCCGGCGCGGUUUCUGUGCUUCGGCCCCGGAGACGAGGCGCUGCGGCGUAGACUGUUUUGGUCGAUUUAUUGUCUCGAGAGAUACCUGUCGCAGGCGCUGGGGAUUCCCUUGGGCAUUCGGGAUGACGACGUGGAUGUCUGUUAUCCGGGGAUGGAGAGACAUGGGGAGAGCGUUGACGACCCCCGUCUCCAUCUCAUCACACAUCUGGCGCGGUUUUCCCGUGUGCGCGGGCUGGUCAUCGAACUCCGCAACAAAUCCAUCCUACACAGCCAAGAAACCUCCAUCACGGCGACUCACGUUACCGGAGAGUUAACGCACUGGUGGAACCAAGUCUACGAUGAUGUUUACCCCGGCGACGAGGACACGACAACAACACCGGCAUCGGCAACGCCGCGUCUGGCACCGCUCCAUCGGCUACUCCUCACUGUCCUACGCCACGAAUCCAUCAUCUCGCUAAACCGGCCUUUGCUGGCGGCGGAGUCUUCGUCUCCGGAGUACCGCACCGCACUGCAGAUCUGCAUUGAGUCGUCGCGCUCGCUGCUGACGGCGCUGCGGGGGGCCGACGUGCCACUGGUGUGGCCGUCAUUUACCUGGGGGGUCUGGAUGAGCUGUUUGAUUCUAGUUUAUGCCGCAUGGGAGGGAGAGUUUCCUAUUCCUGCGGCAGCGAGAUAUGCCCAAACCGGUCUUCUCAUCCUUCAGAACCUGUCCCACCGAGGCAGCACCUGGCCGCAGACGUGCAUCGAAGCGAUCCGGGCCCUGGAAGCCGCGCUGAGCGAGCAGCCUCCGGACCACGCGCCCUACAGCCAUCUCCACCCGCCGUAUAUCCAGAACGCGCAGCUUCCGAACCAGAACCUCACGGUCAACGCGCCUGGCCAUCCAAACCAGCUCCUCCACGUGUUGCCAUCCCAGCAGAGCGCGUUACAUCAUGCGGGACAAGCAGGGCUGGGGACGACGAAUCAAACGACCGGGGAGGCGAAUCAAACUCAACCCCCACCGGGGCUAGAUAUCGAGGGCCCCACGGUCGAGCAGUCGAUAUUUGGGGAGGCAGCGCUGGGGAUUCCUAAUUCUUCCGAGGGGCUCCCUUUUCUUCUGGGGGAGGUGGAGAACCUGGAUCUGUGGAGUGUGGCGGAUGCGCCGUGGUUGAUCCAGGAGAGUUACGAUACACAGAACCCGAUCACAAAAACCAACCGCAACACGAUGAAAACCUACAAGAUUGCCACCAUCCCCGCCGACGGCAUCGGCCCAGAGGUCAUCUCGGCCGGCGUCGAGGUGCUGCAGACGCUCAGUGAGACGCUGGGAUCCUUCGGCUUGGACUUUUCGCACUUCGACUGGAGCUCUGAGACGUAUAAGGCGACCGGGAAGUACAUCCCGGACGGCGGACUGGAUGAGUUGAAGAAGCACGACGCGAUUCUGUUCGGCGCGGUUGGUGCUCCUGACGUCCCCGACCACAUCUCCCUCUGGGGCCUCCGUCUCGCCAUCUGCCAACCCUUCCAACAAUACGCUAAUGUGCGCCCGACCCGAGUGCUCCGCGGCACCAGCUCGCCCCUCCGCAACUGCCCCUCCGGCAGCCUGGACUGGGUGAUUGUUCGCGAGAACAGCGAGGGCGAGUAUGCCGGACAAGGCGGCCGCUCGCACCGCGGUCUCCCGUGGGAAGUGGCCACCGAGACGGCCAUCUUCAGCCGAGUCGGCGUCGAGCGCAUCCUGCGGUUCGGGUUCGAGACGGCGCGUUCGCGGCCCCGUAAGCUCUUGACUGUUGUGUCGAAGAGCAAUGCUCAGCGUAACGGCAUGGUGUUGUGGGAUGAGGUCGCGGCGAGCUUGGCGAAGGAGUUCCCGGACGUGACUGUUGAUAAGAUGUUGGUUGAUGCUAUGACUACGAGGAUGGUCUUGAAGCCGGAGAGCUUGGAUACGAUUGUGGCGAGUAAUUUGCACGCCGAUAUCCUCUCCGAUUUAGCGGCAGCGCUGGCGGGGUCCAUUGGCAUCGCACCGACGUCGAAUCUGGACCCGACGCGGCAGAAUCCCAGCAUGUUCGAGCCGAUUCACGGGUCGGCGUUCGACAUCACGGGGAAGGGCGUGGCCAACCCCGUGGCCACCUUCUGGACGGCGGCGGAAAUGUUGGAAUGGCUGGGCGAGACGGCAGCUGCUCAGCGGCUGAUGGAGGUGGUGGAGACGGUGUGCGAGCGAGGCAUUCUUACGGCGGAUCUGGGAGGGACGGCGUCCACGAAGGAUGUGACCGCGGCGGUGGUGGAGCAGUUGCGCUCGAAUUAG